AUGGCCUGUGUCGAGCACCUCCGUAAAGUCUGGAACAAUGGCCACAACGGCAGUGAGUCCCCCGACUACUUUGGAUGGGGCAACCAUGACGCGAACGUCCUGGGCGGCGACAUUGAGGUCGUCGAGGCCUGGCCCGGACACGCAAAGUGCACCAUGGUCAUCAAGGAGCGUCACUUGAACGGCGGUAACAUCGUCCACGGCGGCUGUAUCAUGACUCUCGUGGACGACAUGACAUGGCUCGUGCUCCAGACGCUGGGAUACCCCGUCAUCCCGUCCGUCUCCACCAACCUGUCGGGCGAGUUUGUGCGGCCGUGCGGUACCCUCGGCGACGAGCUCACCAUCGUCUCCGAGGCCGUCAAGAAGGGCAGCCGCCUCGGCUUCCUCCGCGUCACAUUCUACGUAAAGGGCCAGGUGUGCGCGUUUGGCUCGCAGACCGUCGCGCUCCUGCCCACCCGGCGCCGGACAACGCACACGUUCACCGCCGACGGCAAGGAGCUCGUGCCCGUCGAGGAGGCUGAAGUGGCUUCGCGGUUGUAG